AUGCAAACCUGUGAGUUGUGUGCUGGACAGUCCCAUGUGAUGGGAGGGAGAGUUCUUCACCACCGCAGGGACUUGCUCGAACACGUGACGGAGACACUGCCGGAUGUGAAGCAGUUCUCAUAUGUCAGCCGACUAUGGUUCCUCCACUUGGAGCCGGAUCAGCAUCACAGAGACCAAGAGCAGGACAAGCUCCGCAGCACUGAGGCGGCUGCACUGCCUGGUUCAAGGGCAGCACGGAGGGAACCUAGGAGAUCGGAGGAGGAUCUCUGCUGUCCCGUUUGUCAUGACGUCUUUAGAGAUCCUGUUUUUCUGUCAUGUAGCCACAGCUUCUGUAAAGACUGUGUGAAGAGAUGGUGGAGGGAGAAACAAACAUGUGAGUGUUCUCUUUGUAAUAGAAGAUCUUCAAGGGAUGAACCACCUUGUAACUUGGUGUUAAAGAAUCUGUGUGAGAGUUUCUUAGAGGAGAGAUCAGAGCGCUUCAAAGGAUCUCACCAUCAGCAGCCAGUGUGUGUCGUCUGCAGAGAUUCAGAGACACACAGCAAACACAGAAUCAGACCCAUCGAUGAAGCUGCACGACAACACAAGAAGGAACUUCAGGAAACUCUGCAGCCCUUAAAGAAGAAGUUAGAGGCGUUAGAAGAAGUUAAAGUGAAGUCUGAUCUAACAGCAGGACACAUGAAGGUCCAGGCCCGACGCACAGAGACGCUGAUUAAGGAGCAGUUUAAGAAGCUGCACCAGUUUCUAGAAGAGGAAGAGGAGGCGAGGGUGGCUGCAUUCAGGGAGGAAGAGGAGCAGAAGAGUGUAAUGAUGAAGGCUCUGAGCAGAGAGAUAGCAGAUCUUUCACACACAGUCAGAGACACAGAGGAGCAGCUGAGAGCUGAAGACCUCUCAUUCCUGCUCAACUACAGGACUGCAGUGCAGAGAGUCCAGCUGCAGCGCACCCUGCUGGAGGCUCCACAGCUGCUCUCAGGACCUCUGAUAGACCAGGCCAAACACCUGGGCAACCUCACCUUCAACAUCUGGAACAAGAUGAAGGAGAUGGUCUCCUACUCUCCUCUGAUUCUGGACCCAAACACUGCUCAUCCAGGACUCAUCCUGUCUGAAGAUCUGACCAGUGUGAGAGGAGGACAGAGACAGCAGCUCCCUGAUAAUCCAGAGAGGUUUGAUGAACACUGGUCUGUCCUGAGCUCUGAGGGCUUUAACUCAGGGACUCACAGCUGGGACGUCCAGGUUGGAGACAGUACAGGCUGGUCACUGGGUGUGUUAGAAGAGUCUGUCCAGAGGAAGGCAAUCAUACAGUCUGGAUUAUUGACAAUAGUGUUCUAUGAAGGUGAAUACUUUACACACUCACCACCAGAUCCACUCACUGUUCUCGGAGUGCAGAAGAAGCUCCAGAGGAUCAGAGUGAAUCUGGACUGGAACAGAGGAAAGCUGUCGUUCUCUGAUGCUGACACUAACACACACAUACACACCUUCACACACACUUUCACUGAGAGGAUGUUUCCAUUCAUUAACACAGCUGAUAAUCUGAAGAUAUUACCACUGAAGGUCUGUGUGACAGUGGAAACGCAGCUGACGGUUGAUGUCUUCCAGGAUCACAUGCAUUGCCCCGUGCAACGUGGAUCCAACCUCAGCGACCCCUGUGAGUAA